CCAGCGACCAUUAUUUAGGGGCAGCGAGUUACAUUCUCUCGGUAGAUUCAUUGGUUACGCUUACGGCAAUGGCUUCCUCUCUGCGACGCAUCUCGAGCCAUGGUGGUGCUCUUCGAACCACAUUCUUCGCUGGGUCAAGGCCUUUCUCUGCUGAUGCUUUAGAGGUUUACAAGCCUGGCGAGAUCGGUAUGGUCUCUGGGGUCCCCGACGAGCACCUCCGUAGGCGGGUUGUGAUUUUCUCUCCUGCUAGAACAGCAACUCAACAAGGAUCAGGGAAACUUGGGAGAUGGAAAAUCAACUUUGUGUCCACACAGAAGUGGGAGAAUCCAUUGAUGGGCUGGACAUCUACUGGGGAUCCAUAUGCCAAUGUUGGUGAUUCUGCUCUUGGUUUUGAUAGUGAAGAAGCUGCUAAGGCAUUUGCAGAGAAACACGGUUGGGAUUAUGUGGUUAAGAAACGCAAUACUCCAUUAUUGAAGGUGAAGGCAUAUGCUGACAACUUCAAGUGGAAGGGUCCCCCCAAAACAGAGGAAAGCUAAUUAUACUUGGUCCUGAUUUUAUUUCUUUUUUCUGUGUUAAGAGACAUUGCAACAAGGCUUGGAAUCUUCGUUGUCGCACAUUUUCUGAUGAGAAAUCAGUUGCCCCUAUUGAACACCUUGAGUAUAAUAAAUGGAUUUCGUGGCUUAUAUAUAUAUAUAUAUAUUUCUUACUUCUUUUCUUUGAUAAUUACAAUACACUUGUAGUCUUACGUUGGAACUUUGCAGCCGCUCUAUUGAUGGGUUGUUCAUUUAUCUUUAGUUUGUAUAAACCAUGUCGUUUUUAACUCGUCCUCGCAUAUGGAAAUCGCACUUUCUUUUUUCGUUU